UCUAGUUUAUAUAGAUGCAACCAUUUUGUACUUUUGAGUGAAGGGAUCCCUUGCAAGUUGCAACCACAUAUUCUGUGUUGAGAUUCCAUUUUGCUUAAUUUUCUCAAUGGAGAACAUUUUGGGUCUGCUCAGAAUUCAUGUUGAAAGAGGGGUCAAUCUUGCUAUCAGGGAUGUAGUGAGCAGUGACCCUUAUGUGAUCAUCAAAAUGGGCAAGCAGGUCAGGUUUUUCCACUUCUGGCAGAAGCUGAAGACUCGUGUAGUAAAGAAGAAUCUAAAUCCUGAGUGGAAUGAUGACUUGACUUUGUCCAUUUCUGAUCCUCAUGCACCAGUCCAACUAUUUGUGUAUGACAAGGACAGAUUUAGCUUGGAUGACAAAAUGGGGGAUGCUGAGUUUUCCAUUGGUCCAUUUCUUGAAGCAGUGAAGAUGCGUUUGGAAGAUCUUCCUAAUGACACCAUAGUUACAAGUGAGAAACCUAGCAGACAAAAUUGCUUAGCAGAAGAGAGUAAAAUUGUGUGGAAAGAUGGCAAAGUUAUCCAAAAAAUGGUUCUUAGACUAAGAAAUGUUGAGUGUGGGGAAGUGGAGCUCCAGUUGGAUUGGAUUGAGGUUCCUGGUUCAAAGAAACUGUAGGUGACAACAUAUUGGCAUAUUAUAAAUAUGAGACUUGCACCCUCAAAAAUCAGCAGCACCUUAUGCUUUAAUUUCUCCAGUCUUUUUAUCUCUUCUCUUAUUCACAGACUCACGUUGACAUGUCUUUUUUUUUUUUUUUUUCCGCUGUUUUUUCGUUGAUGGUAUUGUAAUGACUAGUAGUGAGUGAAAAGAAUGGGAGAUGCUGUUUACCCUGUUGUAAUUCAGACUUUGAAUUAUGGGUAGUCUUAUUUAAUAUACAAGGAACAUAAGAGAAAAUAUGUUGUAUUUAAUUAGAAUCUCCUUAGCUGUUG